AUGUCGACAAUGCUCGACGACGCUCACAUACUUCAAUUCGACGUCUGGGAGACGCUGGAUGAGGAGUCCAUGGAAUUGACGCAAACUUCAGAAUUCUGGACUCAAGUCCAGUAUGAAACAGAUAGAAUGGACAUGGGACCGACGUCAGACUUAAACAACAUACAACCGGAUGACAUUGAUUGGAGAAUAAUAGAUACACCUGAGGAGCAACAUAAAGAUAACAUUGUGCAUCAUGACUGUAUGUGGGCAGGCUCAUGUAUAGAUUCCAAACAUCCAUCUAACACGUUCGUUCCUUCGGAUUUGAUCACUGCUACUCCUGGUCAGAGUUUGCUGCGGCGUGAUACAUCUCCGCCUAGACCGGACACUCCGCCCUCGCUGGAUGGUGACGAGCCCCCACAGUUCCGCCAUGCGGUAGACGUUGCAGGCACUGCCCUGAGGCUACUGAGGGACUCUGCAGCCGUCGCCGCUGACCACUCGUACACCCUAGCUCGCCAACAUAAUAUGGACUACCUCGGCGUACAAACACCCUCUGACUCGUGCGAAUCAGAGGAGGAAAUCGAUGUCGUUUCUGUUGGAACAACCCAGCAACCAUUGGCAUCAACAUCCCAACUACGCGUAGAUUCCUUGCCGCGAACACCUUCCAUCCAAGAGCGGCAUCACAUACAGCAUUCAGUUGAAAACGUUAUAACAAGACCCCCCGCUAGAAAGCGAUUAAUACCACCAGCUACGAUACCGUCAGCCUCAGUGCCUCGCCGGCGGAGAGGCCCCGGAAGACGUGGUCGUUCCAACACCGAUACAGACUCUGAAGCAGAAUCCCCGGAAAUCGAACGUCGUUCCAUCCACAAUGACAUGGAACGUUUGAGACGUAUCGGCUUAAAAAAUCUGUUCGAUGAACUUAAAAAACAAAUCCCAGCGACUAGGGACAAGGAGCGAGCGCCCAAAGUGGUUAUUCUACGGGAAGCAGCCGCCCUUUGUCGCAAACUGCGGGAAGAGGAGCUCGAGAAGGAGUAUCUUAAAAAGCAACAAAACAAACUACAGGCCAAGCUGAAAAAACUUCGUACGAUGCUAGCCCGCUCUCGCACUUAC